AUGAAUUGCCUUUGUUGGAAUAUCCGUGGCCUUGGGAAAGGCGAAAAGAUCAUAUCCAUUAGGAAACUAGUGGAAAAGAAUAAACUCACUUUCAUGGGACUAGUGGAAACAAAACACAAAAAAACAAUAAAAAAUAGGAUGAAGAGAAUGUGGGGUAAUGAUGAGUACGAAUUAUGUGAAGUCUUCGCAAAUGAGAUGAACGGAGGUGGACUCAUUGCAACAUGGGACAAAAUUUCUUUCAAUGUAGCUCAUAAACAUUCGAGGAGUAGAUGGAUCCUACUAGAAGGGAGUAUCACAAGUCACAAUUUUGAGUGCUGUGUGGGUCUGGUCUAUGGGUAUAAUGAUAGAGCAGGGAGACUACAAUUAUUUGAGGAGAUCAAACAUAGAGGAUUGGCUAUCAACAAACCAAUAUUCCCGAUGGGAGAUUUUAAUGUCAUUUUACACGCGGGGGAAAGGAUCGGAACGUUUCGAUGCGACAGAAGCAGAAGAGAUUUUUCGGAAUGGAUAACAGAUCUGGGAUUGAUUGACAUACCCUUACAUGGCAUAAAAUUCACGUGGAGGAGAAAUGAAUCGAGAAGUAGGAUUGAUAGAGGGCUGUGCUGUACCUCAUGGCUUAGGAAAUUCCCCAAAUUGAAUAUGAUCGGGUUGAAUAGAAGUUCCUCUGAUCACAAUCCCCUACUCCUGACGCUGGAAGCUAGUAAUAACUGCGGUCUUGAAUCCUAA